AUGGCCCGGGCAGCCAUCUCGGAGGUGUCCGAGUACUUAAGCCAAAAUCCUCGGGUGGCUGCCUGGGUGGAGACGCUGCGCAGCGACGGCGAGACGGACAAGCACUGGCGCCACCGACGCGAGUUCCUGCUUCGCAAUGCCGGAGACCUGGCCCCGACCGCCACCACCGAGGCCGCCUCGGUGGAGUGCGGGGACCGCCGCCGCCAGCUGCAGCAGCUCGUCUCCUCCUCCAUGGCCUGGGCCAACCAUAUCUUCUUGGGGUGCCGGUACCCACCAAAAGUUAUGGAUAAAAUACUUAGUAUGGCUGAAGGCAUCAAAGUGACAGAUGCUCCAAUCCAUACAACAAGAGAUGAACUGGUUGCCAAGGUGAAGAAAAGAGGGAUAUCGAGUAGCAAUGAUGGGGUAGAAGAGCCAUGCAAAAGGCGGGCAGUUGAAGGAAAGAGCAGUUUUGCUGGUGGUCAGGAUGCUUCGAAGACUUCUGGCAAAACAGAGCAAGUAUCACCAAAGCAGGAAGUUAAGGUGGGGCUGGCGUCAUCCACUAGAUCUGUGGGAAGUGGAGAGAAUCUAAGUCGGAGCUCUGGCAGCACUUUGGAAAGGGGGAGUGCACUUUCCCAAGAGGUGACAGGAGUAAAGUGUCAGAAUAAAUCUACCAAUGAGCUGACAGUUGAGAACUUUGGAUCAAAGCAAAGUACCAGCACUUCUCAGGUUGCAACAGCUGGCCCUGAAAAGGUUUCAGAAGGAGAAACUUCAGACAAACAUAGUACAACACUAAUUUCAUCUGUGGCAAAAUCCACUCUUGGGACCCAGCUAACUGAUUCCAAACAACAAAAUGUAUCACCUAUAAAGAGUGUGUUGGAGAGCUCUUCAUGUUUUGCUUCUCAGAGCAGUUCAGAGACAGAAGUGCCUCUGUUGACUCCUCAAAGCAGGUCCGAGACAAGUGUGCCAUUGUUGGGCUCCCCAAGCAGCUCAGAAGUUGAAUUGCCAUUGUUAUCCUCCACACCUGGUUCAGAAUUACUGCCUCCUCUAUUAGGUUCCAAAACCACUUCAGAUGUAAGCACCUCACAAUCGACUUCCAAAACUAAUUCAGAAUCAAGCAUGUCAUCAUCUAUUUCUAAGAAUAAUUCCUCAUCCAGUGGACAAAUCUUAACCCCCAAAAGCACCUCCUCCGCAAGCACAUUACUGCUAACUUCUAAAAGCAGCUCCCAGGUAUCUGCUACACUUUUGGCUUCUAAAAGCAGUUCCCAGGCAGCUGCAUCACUGUUGUCUUCCAAAAACAGCUCCCAGACAAGUGGAUCACUAUUGGCUCCCAAAAGCAGUUCCUUGGCCAGUGUAUCCCAGCUGGCUUCUAAGAGUAGCUCUCAGACUAGCACAUCACAGUUACCUUCUAAAAGCACUGCACAGUCAAGUGAAACUUCUGUUAGGUUUUCUUGCAAAUUAACCACUGAAGAUGUAAAACAGAAGCAGCCUUUUUUCAAUAGAUUGUAUAAAACUGUGGCAUGGAAGUUAGUGGCUGUUGGUGGCUUUAGUCCCAAUGUGAAUCAUGGGGAACUCUUAAAUGCAUCUGUGGAGGCUCUAAAAGCAACAUUGGAUGUUUCUUUUGUUCCACUUAAAGAACUGGCAGAUCUGCCUCAAAAUAAGAGUUCUCAAGAAAGUAUAGUUUGUGAAUUAAGGUGCAAGUCUGUUUAUUUGGGUACCGGCUGUGGAAAGAGUAAGGAGAAUGCCAAAGCAGUAGCAUCACGAGAAGCUCUGAAGUUAUUUCUCAAGAAAAAAGUGGUGGUAAAGAUAUGUAAAAGAAAAUACAGAGGAAGCGAAAUAGAAGAUUUGGUGCUUCUUGAUGAAGAAUCAAGACCUACAAACUUACCUCCAGCUUUAAAGCAUCCUCAGGAGCUAUCAUAGCAUGUUUAAAAGGUUACUGCAUAAAGCUUACAUAGUGUUUUAACACCUGAACUGAAGUUUACUUUUUUGUACACUAAAAUACUGGCUUUCAGAUAAUUUUAUAUUGCUUUUCCCCCCUAGUUUUGUGGAAAACUUACGUUCUAGUUGUCUUCACCUAGUAGCAGCAGUUGUAAAUAAUUUAUGAAUUAAUGACAGUGUGCAUUUAAAGGUAUGCCUUAACAUCAUAGCACACCAGAACGUUGUUUAAUUUGCUAAAGAGUGUACCCAUGUCUUCUCUUUUUAAUGGUACAGUAGGUACGGUAUGCAGUUCAGUAUAGUCUUAAUACUUUUUGUACUACUAAAAAUUUGGUGAAAAUGUAUUAUGAGUGUUAGCUUGCCUUUUUUUUUUUUUUAGCAGAAAAACAAGACCCCUCCACAUGAAAGUAAUGGGGACCACAGUAUUUAGAUGGGUGUCUAAAAACCCAAGAAAACCCAUUUUUAAAAGUAUAGAGAGAACUCAUGUUCACUUAAAGAACGAAGAAAAAAUAGUUGCUUCAGACUAUUUUUCUUAAAAGUUGUAAACAUUUUAAAAUAUGCAGCUGUAUGAAGUACUUAACAUUAUUUUACUAAAAUUGUUGGCUAAUUCAGUAUGAUAAUUUUCACCUCAAAUUCACUGAGUUAAUUUAUGUUCAAGGUAAAAUACAAUUCACAUUUUUUUCAGAAUGAAAAAAAUGGGGUUUGUAUGUUAAGCACAUUGUGACUGCUACUAUAAAAACAAUUGAUUUGUUUAGAUAUUAAAUGCUUUGGGCUAUUUUACCUUUUAAAGAAGUUUUGUGGUUUUUCCCAAGCCAAAAUUAAUUCCUUGGAAUAGAAGUUGUUGGGGGUUUUUUAGGAUCAGUCACUGUAUCCACCUGGUAAUUUUCCAUAAUUAACAUAUUCCUCUGGUCAAAGCAUAUUUUUCAAAUCAAAUACUAGAUAUUUUGAUUUCUAUUUGUAAAUAUGUUUUAGAAGAGGAUGUUUGGGAGGAACUGAGUUAAAUGAUUUCACUAAUGAGCAUGUAAAUUUCUUGUGACCUAAAUUUCAAUUGCAUUUGAUAGUAGUGGAAUCUUGUCAUGCCACAAUAUCAGCUCACUUUAUUGAGUUGCCACUCUUUGGCUCUUUGAUAGAUAUAUUAAUUUGCUAAACUAAGUCUCCAAUUUUUGCAUUAACAUACUUACCCUAAGGUUUGGUUAUUUUUCCUAUUUCUUCCUUCGUUCUCUGGAUCUUCCUUCUUACUGUGGUAUAAGGCAUAUUCAGUAACUAUAGAUUGGAAGCAAGAAAGACAAAGGACCACCUAGCAGGUGCUUUUUAGACUUUUACCUGAGAAUAGACCGUAUAGUUUAUAGAGAAAUAUGGAAAUUAGAACUCAUAUUUCUGGAAGCCUCUAACUGCUUUCAAAAGACUUUUAUGACAGCAUUUGUUUGAACUUUAUAAAAAUUCUAUGAGAUAGGAUUUUUUUAGGAGAAAGUGAAACUCACAAUUGUUGUGACUUAGUAAAGUCAAACGACAAAUAAUUGAGGAACAGAUUACCUGGUCUCUUGGCUUUCACAUCAGUGGUCUUUCUGUCUGGCUGCCUUUUUAGUUUAUGGAAAUGUAGCUAUUCUGUUACACAGAAAUUAGUAGCCAAAGUUAUUCUCUCUUGAUUUUAGCAUUAAAGUCUUAAUUAUUAGUGAGGUUCUACUUCACAGAGUGGCUAUAAAAAAGCCACAUAUGGAUUUUCUUUCUGUACUUUAGGUUUGUGCUUAUAUUAGUGUGGAUACUCUCUCCAUUGGUGCAGAUCACCACAUCUUUCUAUACCUUAGUAUAGAUGGUUUUCAUGCUGUAGCCAGCCUGUUUAUCCUCAAAGGAGAGACACCUUAAUCUCUUUCUAGGCUCUUACCUCUUAAAGCCUUUUCCUUCUUGAUAUAUAAUCUGCAGCCUACAACAGUUAUUAAAGAGCCCCAAGAUCACUGCCAUUCCACAGUGAGGCAUCAGAAGAUAUUCAGCGGAGGUUUUAACUGACUGUUAAUUUUAAUUUGUGUUCCUAGAACAAGUUAAUGUAUACAUAAUGUGGAAAUAGUUUUCAUUGGUGUUUAUUUCAGGUUUCCUGGGGAGGAGGAGAAAGGAUGGGAUAGUGAUUACUUAAGUACAGCUAAGAACAGAAAGAAGCAAAUCUUGUCAUUUCAAAACAGGCUGAUUACAAAUGUAUGGAAAGAUCCUAUUCUGAGUUGGAAUAUCCAAAUACUUUUGUCUUGCCUUUUUGUGAAAUGAAAUAGACACUGAACCAUGCUAGCUACAGGAAUUUUUUGGUAUAAAAAACAUGUGAUGUUUUUAAAAAGUACCAUAUGAAAGGAAAGUUGGAAAUAGAAUAAUGAAAACUAUUAUGAAUGUUAGAAGAAUACACAAUUUAAUUUAGUUGGUCAAAUUAAAAAGACUUAAAAAAUAAACCUCUGAAAGGUAUGUAUGAUAAGGCAAACAAGACUAAUCUUAUAAAAUCAACAUCAGCCUUAGAUUUGUAGAGCACUUAACUGAUUGCCUUGUGAGGUGGUAGGUAGUACAAUUAUUAUCCCCAUUUUAUAGGUAAGCAAUCUGCCUUUCUGAGCCUCAAACCGCCCAGGUAUCCUGACUUCAUGUCUAGUCCUCCAUACAUCCAAGUGAGUGGUGUUCCUUUUUAAUUCAUCACCUUUGGAUGCUUUACUGCAGUGAUGCUUGCACUAUUAAGGACUUUUUUUUAGAAUUGUUUUCAGAGCCUGUGUCAUUCUCAGUGGUGGCCAGUCUUCAUCCUCAGAGUGGAUUUGACUUUUGGAAAUAGUCAAGUGUCACUCAGCCAAGCCUGGAAAAUAAGGUGGGUAAUCGAGUUGAGUAAUAACAUUUUAGGUCACAAGCAAGGUAUGAGACAAAGUAGCAGAAUGUGUUUUUGUGUGGCUCAUUUGUUUGCUCCAAAGGUGGUUCCAGAAUUGUUUGGUGUGGUAGACUGGCAUCACUUGGAAUCAGAUGAUGAUUCCUUGAGAGCAGCAAAUGCCCUUUCAGGGAUAAGCUUGGCUUCAAGCAUUUAAAGAUGGGAUGGAAUGAGUUAUUUGUUGACUGCCUCCUGAGACAAUUAACCUUAAGGAACAACUCUAAUGGAUGUGUUUCUAAAGUUUUUUUAAAUUUUCAUUUCACAGUCACAUAUUAGAAAGUUCCCACUUCUAUGUUUGUCCCUCCAUCAGUAACCCCCUCCACAUUCUCAACAAUGUAGUCCAUUUUAAAUUCUAAUGUUGAUAUAUGAGUAUCUUGUUGAAAGUAGGUCCUUAGUAUCAACUUUCAUAUUGGCACCAAAUUCUUUGCUGCCUGAGAUCAUUGCUAAGACAGUGCUACACUUUGACUAUACACUGUUGCUCAAAAUACUGCCUUGGUUAAUGUUUUGAAAAAAUUUUUAUUAUAAACUUAACUAUUAACAACGAGGGGAAAAAUUACACAAAACCAUAAAGAAAGCUUUAACAAAAUAACAUCUAAUUUGCUGUCUUCUGAUUUCUGCCUACUUAUUAGAUUAUGUUAUGUUAGUUUUUUCAUUAUGAUCAAUGUCUGUGCAUAGUGUUGCAAUGUACAUGCAUAACAUUUCAUAAUAAAGGAUUAA